UUCAAGUUCUCCCAACUGACACAUUUGGACAGAGCAGCUCUGCAGACCUCCACAAUGCCAUUCUCAGCCUGCUACUUCCGUCCUCCUCCUUCUUGCCUGUUGCUUACUCUACUGCUGGGACUCAGAGGAGCGGCAGGUGCAGGGGAGCUGCAGGUGAUUCAGCCUGAGAAGUCAGUGUCAGUUGCAGCAGGAGAGACGGCCACUCUGAACUGCUCCGUGACCUCCCUGAGCCCCGUGGGGCCCAUCGUGUGGUUCAGAGGAACUGGGCCAGGCCGGGAGUUAAUCUACAGUCAAAAACAAGCCCCCUUCCCCAGAGUUACAAAUGUUUCAGAUGUCACAAAGAGAAACAACUUGGACUUUUCCAUCCGCAUCAGUUACAUCACCCCAGCAGACACUGGUGUCUACUACUGUGUGAAGUUCCGGAAAGGAGAACAUGGUGACGUGGAGUUUAAGUCUGGACCAGGCACUCAUCUCACUGUGAGUGCCAAGCCCUCUCCGCCCAUGGUAUCCGGCCCUACAGGGAGAGCUACACCUGAGCAGACAGUGAGCUUCACCUGCACAUCCCACGGCUUCUCCCCCAGAAACAUCUCCCUAAAAUGGUUCAAAAAUGGCAAUGCGCUCUCAGCCUCCCAGACCAGCGUGGACCCACAGAAAGACAACGCUUCCUACAGCAUCAACAGCACAACCAAGGUGCUGCUGGCCCCAGGGGAUAUUCACUCCCAGGUCAUCUGCGAGGUGGCCCACGUCACCCUGCAGGGGGGCCCUCCUCUCCGUGGGACUGCCAACUUGUCCGAGACCAUCCGAGUUCCACCCACCCUGGAGAUUACUGGAUACCCCACAUCGGGGAACCAGGUGAACGUCACCUGUCAGGUGAACAAGUUCUACCCCCAGCGCCUACAGCUGACCUGGCUGGAGAACAGAAACGUGUUCCGAACAGAACCGGCCUCGACCCUCGUAGAGAACAAGGAUGGGACCUUUAACCAUACAAGCUGGUUCCUGGUAAACUCCUCUGCCUACAGGGCGGCUGUGGUGCUCACCUGCCAGGUGGAGCAUGACGGGCAGCCGGCGGUCUCCAAAAACCAUACCCUGGAGGUCUCUGCUCCCCAGAAGGACCAGGACACAGGUCAAACCCCUGGUCCAGAGCUGUCUUCUCUUUGGGCAGUUGUCUUCCUAGUCCCCAAGGUGCUGCUGCUGCUCACUGUAUCUGUCAUCUUUGUCCACAGGAAGUGUUGAGCCUGCCUGUGCCACCGUCAGCCUCUACUGUCUCCUUCCCUCACUGAGGACACAGCCCACAAGAAGGACCCAGCUGAAAGCUUCCACAACUCUGCUCCAAAAGUCUUCUGUCCAUGGAGAUCUGCCUGCCCACAUGUUCAUGAAACCCCCAGAGCUGAAUCUUCGUAUGUGAUCCUGAGCAGAGAUCAUGGGAAGUAGCUCUGGAGACUGAUUCACAACAUCUCCCUGGGACGUGAGAAUUUAGUUCAGCUCAGUCGCUCAGUCGUGUCUGACUCUUUGCGACCCCAUGAACCGCAGCACACCAGGCCUCCCUGUCCAUCACCAACUCCCGGAGUCCACCCAAACCCAUGUCCAUUGAGUCGGUGAUGCCAUCCAACCAUCUCAUCCUCUGUCAUCCCCUUCUUCUCCUGCCCUCAAUCUUUCCCAGCAUCAGGGUCUUUUCAAAUGAGCCACCUCUUCGCAUCAAGUGGCCAAAGUAUUGGAGUUUCAGCUUCAACAUCAGUCCUACCAGUGAACACCCAGGACUGAUCUCCUUUAGGAUGGACUAGGAUCUCCUUGAAUCCAACUAAUACAGAUCAUCCAUCACCUUGGACUGAGCCAUGGACUAUACACUAAUACCCUGUGGAGAAGAGUUAUUCUGUCUUCUGAAUUCUUACCUUCACUUAAUUCCCCACCAUUGAAGUGCCUGUCUAGUUUUAAACCAAGUGCCAUCUUGGUUUGAAGAAAAACUUUUCUCCUUCUCUAUUUGUCUAGAUAGCCUACUUCUCAAACCCAGAAAUUAGUGUUUCGUCCUCUUUCGGCAAUGGAAAGAGUAGUUUUCCAUUGACUUGAAUAUUUCACAAUCCUUAUGAACUGCUCAUGGGAAAUAUGCUGUGUACAGAAGCUUUGAAUUCAUCCUUAAUUUCUCUUUCUUUUAUGCUAUUGUUGUUGUUCAAUCAUUCAAUAUAUCUGACUCUUUCCAAACCCAUGGACUGCAGCAUGCCAGGUGUCCCUGUCCUUCACUGUCUCCCAGAGUUUGCUCAAACUCAUGUCCACUGAUUUGAUGAUGCCACCCAACUCAUCCUCUGUCACCCGCUUCUCCUGCUCCCUUAAACUCUUCCAGCAUCAGGGUCUUUUCCAAUGAGUCAGCUCCCCCCAUUGGGUAGUCAAAGUUUUGGAGCUUCAGCAACAGCACAGUGCUUCCAAUUAAUAAUUAGGGUUGAUUUAGGAAUGACUGGUUUGAUCUCUUUGCCGUCCAAGGGACUCUCAAGAGUCUUCUCCAGCACCACAGCUCAAAAGCAUCAAUUCUUCGGCGCUAAGCCUUCUUUAUGGUCCAGCUCUCACAUUGGUACAUGGCUACUGGAAAAGCUAUAGGUUUGACUAGUAGGAUCUUUGUUGGAAAAGAGAUGUCUCUGCUUCUUAAUAUGCUGUCUAGGGUGGUUAUAGCUUAUCUUUCAAGGAGCAAGAAUCUUUUAAUUUCCUGAUUGCAGUCUCUGUCCACACUGAAUUUGGAGCCCAAGGAAAUAAAGUCUGUCACUGUUUCCA